AAGGUUAGAGUUAGAGUUAGAGUUAGAGAGUGUUAGCGAUUACCGUUACCCACUGCACCGCUUUAUUGACUUCCAAAUCUCACUCUUUGGGUUUUUUUCUCUCUCUCUUCCUUCUUCUGCCUUCCAAAGUUCCCUUUUUUCUCCAAUGGGUUGUGCUGGAUCUUCACAAUCCAAGCCUGAUGGGGCAGUAAAAAAGAUCCGAAAGCCUAAGCCUUGGAAGCAUCCUCAGCCCAUAACAAAGACUCAGCUAACGCAAUUACGUGAUGAGUUUUGGGACACAGCUCCUCACUAUGGUGGCCGGAAAGAGAUUUGGGAUGCUCUUCGAGCUGCUGCCGAGGCUGAACUAUCUUUAGCACAAGCAAUUGUGGAUAGUGCUGGGGUCAUUGUCCAGAGUUCUGAUUUGACAGUAUGCUAUGAUGAAAGAGGAGCAAAGUAUGAGCUACCCAAGUACGUUUUGAGUGAGCCAACUAACCUGAUCCGAGACAGUUAAUAACAGAGAGUAUAAAUAUGGGGAAAGAUUGUAAAUCAUGUAUAUGGUUAUCUCAUUGAUUUGGUAAUAACUUGCAUAGGGUAGCAACUCUUUUUCCUUUGAAAUCUACCGUUGUUUCCUCAAUCAAUUGAACAAAAAAUGUUCUGUAUCAGAUCAAAUCAUGACCUCUUUGGUAAAUACAAACUUCGUUAUGUAUUUCCAUUUUUUCA